GCUCCACGGCGUUGCGUUGCCUUGGGGACGCUGGAACUCACAUGCACAGUUGCCCGGGACACGGCGGAGUGUUGCAGUUCAAAGCAGUGGAUACAUUUCCCCACCGAGUGAGUGGCAACUCCGGCCGCUUCCCGCAACGCUUCCCCCCCCGGGCCCCUGCAGUCCCAAAUGUAACACUAAUCGGCCAGUUGGAGAAGUAUUUUGCCCUUGCCCUCUCUCCCCUACCUCUGUGUCUCACUUCUCCCCGGUCCCCGGUCCCCAGUCCCUCCAACGCUGGCUAUGGCAGCGGCCAAGCCGAGCUUUCUGUCGCAGCCGGCGGUGAAGAGUGUGCGGGUUUACCGCAACGGGGACCCCUUCUUCGCCGGCAGAAAGUUCGUGAUCAACGAGCGGCGGAUGUCCACGUUCGAGGCGUUCCUCAAGGAGGUGACCAACGGGCUGGAGCCGCCGUUCGGCGCCGUCCGCAACAUCUACACACCGCUGCAGGGACACCGCGUUUACCAGCUGCAGGAGCUGGACAGCGGCAAGCAGUACGUGGCGGGAGGCAAGGAGAAGUUCAAGAAACUCGAUUAUAUUCAGAUUGGAAUAAAGAAGACAAAGCCACUGCCAAAAGAUGGACUGAUCAGGCCUGUUGCCCACAGUCGGAUAAUAGCAUCAGCAAGAUUUCGGAAGUAUACACAAGAGCCAUGCAUUAUUUGUGUGAUUGCAAAUGGAGACCUCUUGAGUCCAGCAAUCCGGCUGCUCAUCCCAAAGAGAGUGCUGGGCCAGUGGGAACAAGUGCUCGCCAUUAUCACGGAGAAAGUGAACCUCAGGACCGGUGCUGUAAGAAGGCUUCACACCCUGGAUGGCAGGUCCGUCAAUGACGGCUCAGAACUUGAGAAUGGAGGAUACUAUGUUGCCGUGGGUAGAGAUAAAUUUAAGAAGUUACCCUACAACGAACUUAUUUUCGAUAAAUCAUAUCCAAGAAGGACAAACAGAUCCAAGGCUGCAUCACUUCCUCCAAUCCCAGGCUCCAAGAAGAAUAAAGAAAAUGGAGAUCGGCAAAUCCGUUCCUCAGGGAUCGAAAGUGAAGUAUAUCCACUGAUGCUGUCACAAUCCCCAAAGAGGAAAGGAAAGAAGGAACAAGUCCUGGCCAAAGAAGAAUCCGUGUUCCAUGCAAAACCCGGCCAAGUGAAGCCUGACAAAAAUGGCAGUGGAAGCCCGAUGCUUAGCCCUGAAAACGUAAUGGUUAAAACUGAACUUUUAAUGAAAACCAUCCCUCGAAUGCGUCUCCUGGGCGAAGAUGUUGCAGAUGCCGUCAUUUAUUGUGUGGGCAUCAAAGCCCUUGGCUGA